CUGCUGCGCCUAUGGUGCAUGCGUACGACGACACGUACGUCUCGCGCGCCGUACAACGCCUCGCAAAAUUCGGCCAUUUAAUCAUCACGUAAACUCUCGGAGAAGACUGUGCUCUAUCUUGAUUAAAAAAGAACCACUAAAUUUAAUCAAAAUGGGAACCAACAAAGUUCAAAAGAAGACUAAGGGGGUCAAGUCUGAACAGAAAGAAAAGUCCGGCAAGGGAAAGAAGUACAGUAAAGUUCCGCCUCCAAAACCAGUUGAAGAAGAGAGCGAGAGUGAGGAGUCUUCAGAAGAAGAGGUGGAAGUACCUGUCAAGAAGGGAGCGAAGAAGGCAACCCCUAAGAAGGUUGUGAAGCCUCAGGAAGACAGUGAUGACGACAGCGAUGAUGACGACAGCUCGGAAGAGGAAGAGCCUGCUAAGCCAGCUCCAAAACCUGCCAAGAAGGCUCCGGUAAAAGCUGCCAAACCAGCUCCAGCGGAGGACAGUGACGACGACAGCAGCGAGGAGGAAAGUGAUGAGGAAGAGAAGCCAAAAGCCAAGGCACCUGUAAAACAAGCCACGAAGCCUGCUCCCAAGAAGAAGGUAGCGCAGGAGGACAGUGAUGAUAGCGAAGAGGAUAGUGAUGAUGACGAUGAGAGUGAAGAGGAGAUGGAAACUCAACCAACCAAAGCCAAGGCACCCGUCAAAGCAGCGGCCAAGGCACCAGCUAAGGCCAAGCCAGCUCCGGCAGAGGAGGAAAGCAGCGAUGACGAAGAGGACAGCGAUGAAGAAGAAGAAAUGGAAGUAGCGCAAGCUAAGACUGCAGUGAAAAGGAAGAAGACAGAAGAAAGUAGUGAUGAAGAUGAUGAUGAUGAAGAGGAUAGCGACGAGGAAGAAGAGGAUGAGCCUCCAACAAAGAAGGUCAAGACACCAGCUGGAGCCAAGAAAGCCAAAGCCAACGGUGAUUCUACCCCAGCCCCUGCAACCGAUAGUGCAAUCAGUAUCUUCAUUGCCAACGUGGAUCCAGACACCACAGAAGAGGAGAUCCAAGAAUUCUUUGAAGAGAAUGACGUUAGCUGCUUCAACGCACGCAUGGUCAAGAGCAGAAAGUUUGCGUACGUAGAUGUGUCUACCGAAGAAGAGUUGAACAAGGCUCUCGAGCUGAGUGGGUCGGAGUUGAAUGGUAAUAAUGUCAGGUUGGAACGUGGCCGAAGUAUGGAUAAAAAACAAAAUGACAGAACACCAGGCGGCACACCAGGCGGCACACCGGGCGGAGGAUCAAGGAGAAGUGACGGGUCUGACGACAGGACACUGUUUGCGAAGGGACUUAGUUACAGCACAACUAGCGAGUCUCUGAUGGAGACCUUCGGGUGCAUGGAUGCCCGGAUUCCUCUGAAUGACCAAGGACGACCAAAGGGAUUUGCCUUCCUCGAGUUUGAGACUGAAGGAGAAGCAGAUGAAGCUAUCAAGCAACACCAAGGAGUUGAGCUUGACGGCUGGUCCCUGAUCCUGGACUUCUGUGGAUCCAAGAGGAAAAACUUUGCUUCCCCUGGUGGUCGAGGAGGAGGAGGUCGAGGUGGUGGUGGACGAGGAGGACGUGGUGGUCGUGGCGGCGGUAGAGAUGGUGGAGACACCUCCAACAGCAAGACGUUAUUUGUGAAGAACAUCUCAUCUGAUGCAUCCGAGGACUCCAUUGCCAGUACACUAGGUGCGGUUGCUGUCCGAAUUCCCCGAGAUAGGGACACCAAUGAACUAAAAGGGUAUGCGUACGCCGACUUCGAUGACCACAGUGGAGCCCAGUCUGCUAUAGAUAGUUACCAAGGUCAAGAUGGCUUGUUCCUGGACUUUGCCAAAGAGAGGAGUAGCCCAGGAUUUAGAGGCGGACGAGGUGGCUUUGGAGGUCGAGGUGGAGGACGUGGAGGUUUUGGUGGACGAGGUGGCGGUCGCGGUGGUGGCUUCGGUGGACGAGGUGGUGGUCGCGGUAGAGGAGGCUUCGGUGGCCGGGGAGGUGGACGAGGACGUGGAGGUCUUGGCUUCCAGAAGAAAGACGGCAUCAAGGAAUUCCAAGGAAAGAAGAAGACAUUCGGGGACGACUAGAUGAUCCUUCCAUAAUAAACAUUUUAAGACUUGAAAAUCACAAUUUGAAGGAUUAAUUUCAACCUUCUAGUAACAUGCCAAACUGGACAUAUCUGCAGGUAUAACGUCAGCUUGAGAUCUUCAUUGGAUCUUUGCCUGCACCAGCUGGUAUCUGGAAUUAGCAUGUGAUUUGUCCACUAUUAUUUGAAUGGUAUAUUUGGAACCGUCGUCACCCCCAAGUGUCAUGCCAAAGUGGACAAUGCAGCAGGUGGAUUGCCAACGUUUGAGAUCAUCAUCGGACCUUUCGCUGCUUUAGUUUUAUGUGAAUUAGUAUGAAAUUACACCAUUGACACAAAUCCAGAAACAAAUGAAUUGUUUGUAGGAUGUAUUCCUUUCCUUCAAUGCCAAACAGGGCGUUGCACAUACAAAACCAACAAAAUGCAAAGGACAAAAUUUGGAAUUGAGCUUAUUUGUACAUCUCCAAUUUUGCUUGAAAAAUGUUAUUAAAAGUACUGCACCUUGUUUAUGAGCUGCAUCUGCAAAGGCCAGAGCUUGUGGGACAUUUUGUUGCCUCCGCCCAUUGUAGAUGGUGCCGGAAUAAUUUUUUGUUCUGAAAUUAAUUCAAAAAAAAUUUGCUUGGUGUCCCAACAAUCCAUUUAUAUUGGAGCAAUUUUACAAUUUGUGAAUUUCUCAUUUGAAUUUUUCUCUCCCAUUUUUUUUUUUUUAUUGCAGCAAUUGGACAGUGUUUGGUCUCGCUUGUCUUGUUAAUGCAAUUUUUCUUGUAGAUUUAUUUUUAAGCUAUAUUUUAAUAAUUAUAGCACUGAAAAGGAGCCUCUUCAGUAUUUUGCCUUUCACUCUCGGGAGCGUAGCACAGUAGGAAUGAUCAAAAAUCAAAGAAAAUAUGAAAAAGAAUUUUUCUGCUUGAUUUUAUGUAAGUACCCCAAGAGUGCAUGAUGAAAGAAAAAAUAGAAUGUCUUUCAUUUUUAGUGCUAUUCUUAGAAUGUGUAAUACCAAGCACCUUUUUAGAUACUGUUCUGAACAAAUUCUGCUCAAUCAUGGAAUCCGAUUAGAUGUUUUUAUGAUAAAAAUGGUAAUUUCUUAUUUUCCCCAGGGUAUCCACUUCAGUUAAAAGAGAAACUGGUCUCCCACUGGCCUUUUUCCUAACCAUUAGCCAUACCUCUGGAUGUCUAUAGGUGGUUUCAAACCGCCUCGAUCACAAGAAUCCCCGUUUUUAGGCUAAAAAAUACCCAAUAAUUAUUCCUGCAUUCACACCGCCCCGAAACAUACUCUUCGGGAUAAAUUCCUGAAGUUAGGAGCAUGUGCAGUAUGGUCUAAUAAGCAGGCAAGGCGCAAAAUUCAAAACCACUAGCCCAGCAGCCACCCACGGCGCCCGCGCCCAACGACACGCUGGGCUAAAAGUUCCCGUAAAUUGCUUUCACAUUGCCAAAAUACCUGCGACCUUGGAAAAAUCCCCGCGAAAGUUCUCGUAAUUUCGCCAAGUACCUACCACUUAGCUGGUAUUUUCUUUUGGGGAAAUUAUGCGUAGUUUGCUUUCACAUUACCAAAAUACCUGGUAUUUUCUGAUCGGGGUAAAUUUCCCGAUCAGAGAAUACCUGGAACUGACGAACUUCGAGGCGGUCUGAAACCACCUUUUGUCGUUCAUGCUGCUGCGAUAUAACCCUUUUUGUUACUGAAUGUUAGUCCACAUGUAAAUGGCGCUCCAUUACAGGUGUGUCUAUUCCCCCCUUACAUUUGGGAACAUGGCAUUCCAAGCCGUGAAACAGAAAUGAAGAAAAAGCGAAAACUAAGAAAACAAAAUGAUUGGGAUUUUGCGUUAGUGCCCCAAGAGUGCAUGAUGAUAGAAUAACACGUCGCUCCUUUUUAGUGCUAAUAGAAUGUGUUGCCCCAGCGGGCCCUGCUUAACGCAAUGUUAUUUUUAUCCUGACUAUACACAAUUUCAUUCGUAUCAAUAUAUGAGUACGUGGAUAUUUUUUUCUGAAACUUUGUUUUAUCAGAAUGUGAUAGCCUGUAUAUAUCAUAUGAUGUUUCUAUAUUAUGUAACAUUUCAUUCAUUACACCUUUUUCACUUUACUCAAGUAUGUGACAUUGCAUUUUAUUAUUUUAAAAAUGGAGAGAAAAGCAUCAUUCAUUUGAUAUUUGAUUAUGUACAGUGAUUUGAUCUUCACAAUGAGUAAAAUGAAUUUGUAAAAUA